CGCGGUGUUAUACCUACGCUAGAUAUCCCUGGACAAGGGCGACUGACUGACUACCAGCGAUAGUCGCUGUAGCCGGCACCUCAUCGAUCCUUGCUCGAUGACAUCGCUCGUGACGUUAGCUAUCGAUCGUGCUUAGACGGGGUCCCUUCGUUGCGGUUUGCGUUAGUCGGGUAGACGGCAAAGAUGAAUCUCAUCUACUGGUUGGUGCUCAUCGUGCUCCUGCUCGCCGCCUACUACGUGUGGAACGCUCUCUACGGCCUGCCGUCGGACCUGCCGCCAGGACCAUCCGGUUGGACACGGCUGCCCCUCAUCGGCUCUCUACUGUCCACGCGAGCCGACCUACAUGUCCAGUUUCAGGAAUGGGCGAAAAUCUACGGCCCGAUAUUCCACGUGCAGAUGGCAACGAAGCUGUUCAUCGUGCUUAGCGACGCUAAGCUCGUUAAGGAGGCAUUCUCUAGGGACGACUUCGCCGGGCGACCUCACACGAACAUCAACGAUUACUACACGGAAGACCUAAAAUACGGAGUUUUGUUCAGUCAAGGUCCAGCAUGGAAGGAAAAUCGCCGUUUCUCCUUAACAUGUUUACGAGAUUUCGGUAUGGGUCGCUUCACGAUGGAAGCAAAGAUCAUGGAAGAGGUGACCGUCCUUUUGGACAUACUCGAGCAAGAGGAUCGACACAGCGGCUUCGACGUGCACAACCAUCUGGGCGUCAGUGUUUCGGCUAUCAUCAGCUCUCUUGUUUUCGGCAAGCACUUCACACACGACGAUCCUUACUUCGUUCGCUUCCUGGAUUGUAUGAAUAGACUAGCCAAAGCGAUCACUCCCGACGCUUCCAACUUCAUACCGGGGAUCAGCCUGCUGCCAAACAGCAACUUUAGAAAGUUUAAAACCCAUUACAACGAAUUGAAGACAGAUUUCUAUGAGGAGGAAAUAGCCGAACACAAGGCAAGACUAGACACCGAGAAUCCUCGCGAUUUCAUUGACGUCUACCUGACGAAGAUGAUCGAACUGCGGAAGGCAGGAAAACACACGACCUUCUCAGGUUGGCGCCGCCAGGUGUCGCUCCUACACACCAAUCACAUACACCAAGUAUUUGCUGUAAAGAAACAUCGAAUGUGGCAGAGAAUCGUGUGGUGGAUGAAGCUAUAUGUUCAGGAAGAGUUGGAUCGUGUGAUAGGAAGAAGUCGACUGCCGUGUCUGAAUGAUCAGGCUAGUUUGCUCUACACACAGGCCACCUUGCUCGAAGUAUUUCGGAGAAGUUCAGUUGUUCCUCUGGGAGUCUUUCAUGCUGCUGUGAAGGAGACAACCUUAGCCGGAUACAGAAUUCCAGAGGGAGCUAUCAUCGGUCCGAAUCUGUGGGGAAUCCACCACGACCCCGCUCUCUGGCAGAAUCCCAACGAAUUCCAACCGGAACGAUUCCUGGAUUCGGAUGGAAACCUGAUGAAACCGGACACGCUGCUGCCGUUCUCUACUGGACUGCGAGCGUGUAUCGGCGAGCUUCUUGCCCGCCAGGAGGCGUUCCUCUUCUUUGCCAGCGUUCUGCAGAAGUUUAAUCUCGUGCCGCCAGAGGGCGGGCCUGUUCCAGAAGACAGUGGUUUGCUGAGCCUUGUUCUGGCACCCAAGCCUUACAAAAUGCGAGCCAUCGUCCGUUAGGUUGCCUAUAGGUUCCUGGUUGGGAUUCUUAAUGAUCUGUUAACAUAAUCGGAGAGAUGUCGGCUAAUUAUUCCCGCUAUUGGGGUAAAAAUUAAAGUAACACGUAAGAA